GGCGGCGGUGUCGGCGGCGAUGGCGGUGCCGGCGGCGGCGGAGGCGGGGGGAGGCCGGCAGCGGGCCCUGGCCGCCGGCUCGCCCGUGGACUACAUGAGCAUCACCAGCUUCCCGCGGCUGCCCGAGGAGGAGGCGGGCGGCGCGGCCGAGGGCGGCCUCCGCGCACGGAAGGAGGAGGACGCGUUCCUGGGCGAGCAGGACACGGGUGAGGGGCGGAGGCCGAGCCCGCCCGCGGCCCCGCAUGCCCCCGGCCCCCCUCGGGCUCCGCUCUGCCCGCGGCCCCCGCGCACCGCAGCCCCCGCCUGCCCCACAGGCCGCCCUCGGGGCUCCCUGUCCCCGGCUCCCGCGGCCUCGCGUCCCCCCGGCCCCGCGGUCACCGUGCGGGGCACGGCAGGUAGACAGAGGUAGCGGGGUUCGGCGCGGCGAUGCCCGCUGCGGGAGCGCGGCUGUAAUAAAGCCGGGUGGUGCUGUGGUCCUGGAGAGAACCCUCUGCCUGGUUUGAGUUGAUCGCUUCCAUCUCAGUGCAGGGAACCGGUUUGCUCCUCCAGGUCAUGUUUCUCCAAGCAGUGUUGCCCAUCACCCCCUGCUCCAUGACCCGCGGGCAGGUCUCUGCCCCAUCCAUCCCAAACCCCAAGGAUCAUGUCUGAGCCGGCCCCAUGCAUCCCGUGUCGUCUGCCCUGUGGCAUUGGGUGACGUUCCCAGUGCCCGUUCUCGCCCGUGCCACCCUGCGCUGCCGGGUGAAGCUGCGUGUGCAGGUCUGCGGGAACAGCUCUUCCGAAAGCAUGGGGUCUCUCGUCUCCUGCGUGGAGCACGAGCAGGGUUUGGUGUGGUUGGGCUGUGCGGGGUGUCUGCUGGAGCUGCUGCUCUCCGGCCACAUGGAAUCUCGUGCUCAUUGACACUGUGUGCACGUCGCAAAAGCCGGCAGUGCUGCUUCAUGUCAUGGUAUCUACCGGACCAGCAGGGAGGGAACCAAGACCUUUGGUUUCUACUGCCCAGAAGAUCUCAUCAAACAGAGGAAGCCCCUGUUGUGCUGUCGGUGCAGGGGACAGACCUCCCCAAAGGACUGAACAGUCCCACAUUGUGGUGCCUGCCAGAGCCUGCUCCUGACUGACUCCACCAGUCCUGUCCCCGAAUGACCGCCCUGUUGUCCCCAUGCAGUACCAGUGGUCAUAGAGACCAAGUGACUUGCCCAGGGCCAUGUGGGCAGAGAACGAAGGGACUUUCGCGUGGGUGGGAGAGGCCGUGGCCUGUCCUCUCCCAUGGUUGCUCUCUGGGUGUUCAUGUCCCGUCGUGCUGGGCUGGUCUAUCACAGCACUGUGUGAGCAGAGCAGUGAGACAGUGUCCUGCAGGGGUCGGGUGGAGGAGCCCAGCUCACUCCUCAUUGCUUCUGCACCCACCGAGGGUGCCAGGGGCUGCACGUGACAUCCCUCCCCUGUGGCACCCCCUGCCAGGCCAGUCGUGGUCCCCACCAGUGGCACCCCAGCCCAUCACCCCCCAGCCAGGCCUCCCACUCUGCCCAGCUCGCUUGGACCAGACGUGCUCGUGAGGGGCUCUGUGUGUGUGCCCAGAGGCGCAGUCUGGGAAAGCUGAGCCUUUCCCAGUCAUGCACCUAAAUCACUGCAACGUGAAGGAGGCUAAAUUCACUGUGAGGGGAUCCCCUGGCUUGCAGGGGGUUUGCUCCUGUUUGCAGCAUCACUGAGAUUAAAAUUAUCUCCCUGCCUGGCCCAGGAGAGCUGCACCCAAAGGUCUUUGUAAUGUCCUGGCAAGGACAGGGCUGGCAGUGGCCAUGGAGAUGCUGCUUGGGCAGUGAUGGAGGAUGCGGGGUUUCCUGCUCACUCCCUUAACACAAAGCCAGGAAACAUCCCCUGUGCGGAUGUUUUCUGUCUUUUCCACUCGGUGCUCCUCUUGCUCUUCUUCUUCCCACCACAGAUGUUCAGGGCACUGCAGCCACCACUGGGUCUUGGCAGCUCCCCAAAGAAUUCACCCAGGAGCCCUGGGUGAUGCCCUGAGCUGCUCCCUUCCAUUUGGUGCCUGGCAGGGACAGGCAAGUCCCUGCCCCAUGUGCCAAGCAGCUCCGUGCACAGGCAGGGCACGCUCAGCCAGCACCUUCACUGCCACAAAGGCAGCAGCUGAUACAAGAGAGAUUCAAGGCAUCUUUCAGAGAAAAAGAGAGACUUUUCCAUCCUGCCGAGCAUUGUUUGCUGUGGGGUGGAUGCCCAGCAAACCCUGCCCCAUUGCAUUUGCCUUCUUGGAGCUGCGAGCGACUUGAUUUCACAGUGGGCCUCAUCAGCUGGAGGAAGCAUGAAAUUAAAGCAGAGCCUUCCCUGCCGUCCGAGCGGGUGGACACCCCGAGGCCCUCCGGUUUGCAGACCCAGAUUCCUUCCUGAAGUCUGCGCGGCUCCAGCGCCUGCCCUCGUCCUCAUCCGAGAUGGGAAGCCAGGACGUGUCUCCUCUCCAGGAGACCAGCAAGGACCCUUUCUCUGGAGACUGCAGCUGCCGGCAGGACGGGCUGACCGUCAUCAUCACCGCCUGCCUGACCUUCGCCACGGGCGUCACGGUGGCCCUCAUCAUGCAGAUCUACUUUGGGGACCCUCAGAUAUUCCACCGUGGUGCCGUGGUGACGGACGCUGCGCGCUGCACGGCACUGGGCAUAGAGGUGCUCAACACUCAGGGCUCCUCCGUAGAUGCAGCCAUCGCCUCAGCCCUCUGCGCGGGAGUCGUGAACCCCCACACGUCAGGGAUUGGUGGGGGUGGGGUGAUGCUGGUCCACGACAUCCGGAAGAACAGGAGCUGGGUGAUCGACUUCCGUGAGGUGGCUCCUCUGGGCAUCCCACUGGAAGGGGACCUGCAGAAGGACACCAAGCCAGGUCUGCUCGUCGGGGUGCCAGGCAUGCUACAAGGAAUGCACCAGGCUCACCAGUUACACGGGAGACUCCCAUGGUCCAAGUUGCUGGGUCUUGUGGCUGGUGUUGCUCAGGAUGGAUUUAAUGUCACACAUGAUUUGGCCAAAGCCAUAAGUGAACUGAAGGACCUGAACUACUCUGACAAGUUCCAGGAGAUCUUCCUGCCGGAUGGGCAGCCCCUGCUGCCCGGGAUGUUCGUCAGGCGCCUGGACCUUGCUGCCGUCUUGGAGCUGGUGGGGACAGAAGGGGUGUCUGCUUUCUACAGUGGGAACUUGACCCAGGAGAUGAUCUCCGAGGUCCACAACUACGGAGGAGUCUUGGUGGAGGAAGACUUCAGCAAUUACAGUGUCGCGGUGGAGAAUCCCAUCCACACAGUCUAUCGAGGUCAUCUUGUUUUCAGUCCCCCACCUCCACAUGCAGGUCCUGCACUGAUUGCAGCACUGAACAUCCUCGAGGGCUUUAACAUCACCAGUCAAGUACCCCGGGGGAAUAUCUUGCACUGGAUGGCAGAGACAUUAAAAAUAGCCCUGAGCCUAGCUAGCAACCUGGGAGACCCAUCUGAUGAUGUGUCCGUCACUCACGCUGCAGAAAGCAUGAUGAGUAAAUCAGAAGCUAAUUCCCUGCGCCAGCUGAUUAACGACUCCCAGUCCUUCUCAUCUGAUGUCCAUGUGCCUCACUUCUCCAUGGAGAGUGGACCCGCUGCCAGCCAGGUCCUUGUCAUGGGACCUGAUGACUUCAUUGUUGCGGUUGUAAGUUCUUUGAAUCGUCCCUUUGGCAGUGGACUAAUGACACCCUCUGGAGUCCUCCUGAACAGCCAGAUGUUGGACUUCUCCUGGCAAAAUAAAACAAUGAACCACUCCAUUCCUAGGCCGCAAAAUCUCAUUCAGCCUCGGAAACGGCCCCUGUCUUUCCUGUUGCCCACCAUCGUGAGGCCAUCUGAGGGGAUGUGUGGGACAUACCUAUGUCUGGGAGCCAACAACGGGGACAGAGCCUUGAGCAGCAUCGUUCAGGUUUUGGUAAAUGUUUUAACAUUUAACAAGAAUCUGAGUGAAAGUUUGUCACUUGGUCGACUUCACCCCCAGCUUCAGUCCACCACCUUGCAGGUUGACAGUGAGUUUCCUGAAGAGGAUAUUGAAUUUCUUAUAGCCAGGGGCCAUCAAGUGGAUAAAGUCAAAGUGCUCUCCCUAGUUCAUGGAGCCAGGAGAACCAACAGUUUCAUCAUUGGCCUGAAGGAUCCCAGGAGCGUGGAUGCUGCUGGAGCCACGAUAUUGUAGCGCCUCCCAGAGAAAGUGUUCCCUGAACAAGGCUGAGACAAACCAACCCACAUGAUGUGCAUGUUCUGAAACGGCUCCUUCCCCACCCUGGGGUGGGAGCCCCACACACACACAGCUGAGUAGACUUUCUGCAUUCCCCACCCAGGACGGCACCAGAGGGGUUAUAGCAGCACCAACAUACAGCACUCUGAUUUUUAUUGUUUUCUUUUUAAAUGCCUUGGAUGGCAAACAGCCCAGUCCUUGUCACAGGAGUGCAGGAGCACACUUUCCUUUCAGCAGAGUCUUGCUAAUAAUAUCAGCCUUUUCAAAAGCCCAGUUCUAGUCAGCAUCUUAAUUUUAGUGAGCAACAACAUCAGCGAAGAAAACAAGAUCUGAUGAUGAUACAUCUUCAUCUCCCUGUCUUUCCCAAGUUCAUUCUUUACCUCUUGCGUUUUAGCCCAUAACUAACACAGGCUAAUGUAGUGUUUGUAUUGCUGCCUGUAGCUGGAAUAUUGGGGAGUCCUUUAAUACUCCGUAUGGGCCAGCUGGUUUUUACCAGCCUCCUGUGUUAGUUCCUUUUCUCACAUCCCUGCAUACCUUGAAUUUUGGGAGUAAAUAUUUUGAAUGAAGUCGCUGUGCAGACUCACUGCAGCCUGAUUUUGUAACCAGAGCAAUGGUUUUCACCUUCUAACAACUUGUGGAACCCUGUAUUUUUCUUACAGAGGUUCAAGCCUCCUCCAAGGUGAAUUUAAGAUUAGUGGUAAUGGGCAUAAUUUUCUUAGAUAUGUUUUGGAGACAUUUUAGCAGUAAGUACUCCACAGACUUGUAAAAAUCAAAAGGCCAUGGACUGAAAACCACACGGAGAGUGUUUGGAUAGAUUCAGGGCUUUCCUUACACUGCCUUGUCUCAGUCUGCCCUGAAAGCCUGGAUGCUGUAAUCCCUAUGGAGAGGCUUGGGAUUUUCUGCUUACUAAAUUCAUGCCUGUACUUCAGCUCUGUAUUUUGAUACCGGUGCCUCUAUUGUGAAAAAAAGAGAGUGAGAGAAAAGGUACAAACCAAACACUACUGAGAGAAUUUUCUGUCCACAGCAUGUAGUGCAAAACACACAAAUACUUCUGCAUUUCUUGUCUGAAAUAGAGUGAAGAAAUAAUACCACAUCUGACAGCUGAACUGCUUCAUUCAUCCCACAUUUGGACAUUUCCUUUUCUUUUUACUAGCAAGUCAGAGACAAGUGGCACUAAAUUCUGGAAUUUGGUCAUUUUCUGCAGUCUAAAAUUUGAUGAUUUCCUUCAUAGUACAAAUGCCUAUAUAUAUGUAUGUAUGUCUGCUUAUGGUUGGCUUGGUCUCUCAUUUGAUGAUUACACCUCCUCCUGAGGGACCCCAUAGCACCCAUCCGUUUGUUCCACACCUCCUGACACUCGUUGCCAUUUGACAUGGGCAGCGUGUGGGUUACUUCGGGGUGGUCGGGGCGCUAUGGCAGAUAAUUGGACUAAUUGGUCCUGCCACCUGCCAGCUGAGGAUCUCAAAGCAUCUUACGUGAAGCCCUGCACGUUGCGCCGAGGGAGGACAGAGAUGCUUUUAUGCUCCACUGAAGCGCAGCCACCCGUGAGAAGAGCACGGCAGCCACCUAGCAGAUGGGAUCAAUGGUAUUGUCUGUUACAAAUGCAUCAGUGGUCUCAGCUGAGAGAUGGGGAAGUACAGUGUUGUCUUUGGGAAGUUGUCUUCUGUACCACCAUACUGCCCGUGGGGCAAGACAGACUUUCUGCGCUAUAGGGACGUCAAAUCUAUUUGGUUUUCUGUCAUCGGCACUAGAGUUGGUCGCUGCCUGAAGCUGGAGUGUUCAUAAAACUUCACGUGUCUUGGAGCAGACCUCUUCAGGUUUCACAGGAAGGGAAGGAUGCAGUUUUGUGCAUUGAAUCUCACUGGAGGAAGUUUGGGGGUUUCUGGUACAGCAGUGAGCUAUCCCUCGGGCAUGGAGGUUUGCUGUGCACAAAUAGGUGGUCGCGUCAUCAUCACUUCAGUUCUUUGCACGGAAUAUGACAAAACACUUUGAAAGAUAAAAUUUCUCCGUAUUAACUGAACUCACCAACUCACUUCUGAUGCUGAAAACUGUGUAUUCAUUUGGGAGUUAAAGACACUGGCCUUGAUUCAAAAGGGCACUUACACGCCCCAAGGAACAAUUUCACAGCAAUUAUUCAGAACCUUGAAAUAAAGCAUGUUCCAAAGUGCUCGGCUGGGUCAUGGUCUGUGUGGCAAAAAAGAGAAAAAGUAAUUGGAAGAUGGGACUGAGGCCCCUAGAUCAUCGCUGAGAGAAGUAAAGAUAUUUUGACUUAAUUCCCAUUUUCUCAGUUUAAAAACAGCAUCAGUAUAGCACAGAUGUAUUUGAUAUGGAAACGUGUAAUCUGCUAAUUGGCCCAGUGUCUCUGAUACUUUGAGUCCGUCUGUUGUGAUGAGACCUGAUGAGUUUAGUGUGAGGUACCAAGAAAUACCCGAUGUUUCCUUCUGUACAGGUGGGCCAGACAUUGUGAAAUAAAGGGCCAUAUUCUGGA